AACUACACCUUUCAAUCGCUGGCAGUGAUAGACUGGAAUUGCGUUUUGCAUAGCCUUUAUUAAUUUCCAAAUUGUUAAGCAGAGCACCACUUGAAGGGGGUCUCUUUCAGUUGAAGAAUCAACCCCUUCGAUCCCCAAGAAAGGAAAAAAGAAAAUUUUUGAGAUAGGAAAAAGAAAAUAGAAAGGGGGGACUGUGAGAUAUAAAGGUGGACGUGCUUCUAGUUUUUUAGCUGCUGCCAUCUGUGUUUGAAAGUCAAUACCUUCCCAAUCAGCAUAUUUUAAUCAGUAAGCCUACAGUUAUGGAAGACUUGAUUACUGGCUUACAUCAAUCAGAAGGUGAGCUAAUUUUGUUUGCCUCUAAUGGAUCAUUCAACUGAUGAGAAACUUGAAAAAAAAGAGAUGGAUACCAGAAGUCUAUCAUCCUCACGCCAUCCAUCACUGAACAUUCACAAGGUGGGAGUUCCCCCCAAGCAAAAUCUCUUCAAGGAAUUCAAAGCUACUGUGAAAGAAACACUCUUUUCAGAUGAUCCUUUACGUCCCUUUAAGGAUCAAUCUGGGUCUCGCAAAUUCAUUUUAGGCAUCCAGGCCAUUUUCCCCAUAUUUGAGUGGGGUAGAAGGUACAACCUAACCAAAUUCAGGGGGGAUCUUAUUGCAGGACUCACUAUUGCAAGUCUCUGCAUUCCUCAGGACAUUGGAUACGCAAAGCUUGCAAAUUUGGCUCCACAAUAUGGAUUGUAUUCCAGCUUUGUUCCACCAUUGAUUUAUGCCUUCAUGGGUAGUUCAAGAGAUAUAGCCAUAGGACCUGUGGCCGUGGUCUCUCUCUUGCUGGGCACCCUACUUCAAAAUGAGAUCGACCCCAUUACAAAUCCUACAGAGUAUCGGCGGCUUGCAUUCACAGCUACAUUUUUUGCUGGAAUCACUCAAGCCACCCUAGGGUUCUUCAGGUUGGGUUUCUUGAUUGACUUCCUAUCCCAUGCUGCCAUUGUCGGUUUUAUGGGUGGAGCUGCCAUCACUAUUGCACUCCAACAGCUUAAAGGUUUUCUUGGAAUAAAAAAGUUCACAAAGAAAACUGAUAUUAUCUCUGUAAUGCACUCAGUAUGGGGCUCAGUCAAUCAUGGAUGGAACUGGCAGACUAUACUUAUUGGAGCAACCUUUUUAAGUUUUCUGCUGUUUGCUAAAUACAUGGGAAAAAGGAACAAGAAGCUCUUCUGGUUACCUGCAAUUGCCCCAUUGAUAUCUGUUGUUCUGUCCACCUUUUUUGUGUAUAUAACCCAUGCAGAAAAGAAUGGUGUUGCAAUUGUGAAAUAUAUAGAGAAAGGAAUUAAUCCCUCGUCGGUUAAUGAGAUAUAUUUCCAUGGUGAAUAUCUUGGCAAAGGUUUUAGGAUUGGGAUGGUGGCCGGUAUGAUAGCAUUGACGGAAGCCAUAGCAAUUGGAAGAACAUUUGCUUCCAUGAAAGACUAUCAACUUGAUGGAAACAAAGAAAUGGUGGCACUAGGAGCAAUGAAUAUUGUUGGUUCAAUGACUUCCUGCUAUGUUGCGACAGGUUCAUUCUCACGGUCAGCUGUGAAUUACAUGGCUGGCUGCCAAACUGCAGUCUCCAACAUUGUGAUGUCCUGCGUUGUUAUCCUAACCUUGGAAUUCAUCACACCUCUUUUCAAGUACACACCAAAUGCCAUUCUCUCUGCCAUCAUCAUAUCAGCUGUGAUCAACCUAAUUGACUUUCAAGCAGCAAUCCUGAUAUGGAAGAUUGAUAAAUUUGAUUUUGUUGCUUGUUUGGGAGCCUUCUUUGGAGUAAUUUUUUCCUCUGUUGAGAUAGGCCUCUUAAUUGCGGUCUCAAUAUCCUUUGCUAAAAUCCUAUUACAAGUUACCAGGCCAAGGACUGCAAUUCUUGGGAAGAUUCCUAGGACCGCUGUGUACAGAAAUAUCCAACAAUAUCCAGAUGCAACUAAAGUUCCAGGUGUUCUGAUUGUGAGAAUUGAUUCAGCAAUUUACUUUUCCAACUCCAAUUAUGUUAAGGAGAGGAUAUUAAGGUGGUUGACAAAUGAGGAAGAACAAAAGAAAGCGGACUACCAACCAAGAAUCCAAAUUUUGAUAGUUGAGAUGUCACCUGUUACAGACAUUGACACCAGUGGCAUUCAUGCCUUGGAAGAACUAUAUAGGAGUCUCCAGAAGAGAGACGUUCAGCUCAUUCUGGCGAAUCCUGGGCCAGUGGUGAUUGACAAGCUCCACGCUUCCAACUUUACAAACGUGAUUGGCGAGGACAAAAUCUUCCUCACAGUUGCAGACGCAGUCUCAUCCUGUUCUCCAAAGUUGGUUGAAGAAGCUUGAUAAAGAAGGAAUGACUGCAUAAGAUGAUGAGAAGCAGGAGCAUACCUAGGUGUUGGAGUUGAAAGCAUUGGAAAACAGGUCUGGUUGAGUCGUGGUGGGUGGUGACUAGGCCAUCAUAAAAGUGGUUAAGUGGACUCUGAGAUCCUAAUCCAGUGAAAAAAAGAAAAGAAAAGCAAAGAAAAUGGUGCACAAUUUGUGCACUCAAAAAGCGAUGAGGUUGUUUAAUUUACAGAAAGGUCCAUAUAAAUGUAACUAAUUUAGACACAUUCGUAGAAGGAAUUUUGUUUUCUUCCAGUU